AGAUGCAUUAUCUUUGGAGGAAGCCUUCUAGUUUUGACCAUGACAACUAAUUUAUCUCUUUUUUCUAGAAUUCAUAAAGAAGAAAAAGUUCUAUCAGAGAUUGGGAACUUUGAAAAGCAGUUAUUGGCAUUGAUCCAUUCCAAAGGCCUUUUGCACUCUGAUGCUCAAGACUUGUACCGCAAGGUCAGGUCUAGUUAUGAGAGAAUCAUCUUGAGUAAUCACACGCUUUUAGAACUUCAGGAUGUUGAAUAUUCUUUAUGGAAGCUGCACUAUAAGCAUAUUGAUGAAUUUCGCAAAAUAAUAAAGAAAAAUUCUGGUAAUAUGAAGAGCAAAAAAUCAGGAACGGUACAAAAUCAUGUUGUGCAGAGAGACAAUGACAAUUAUUCAAAGUUAUUUAAGAUAUUUCUGACAGAAGCUAUCGAGUUUUACCAAACUCUGAUCGUAAAACUCAGAAAACAUUAUGGAGUCCCAAUAGAGGCUUUGUUUUAUAGAAAGGGUUGGAUCACUACUUAUGUUGAACCAGAUGUCAUGCAGAAAUGUCAAUAUUUAUGCCAUCGCUGCUUAGUUUGUAUGGGGGAUCUCGCCAGGUAUAAACAACAAUGUGAAAACCCUGAUACUCAAAAUCAUAAUUGGUCAGUUGCUGCCACACAUUAUUUGGAAGCAACAAGGAUUUGGCCAGACAGUGGUAACCCACAAAAUCAGUUGGCUGUACUGGCAACAUAUAUUGGUGAUGAAUUCCUUGCUCUGUACCACUGCGUAAGAAGUUUAGCUGUUAAAGAACCUUUUCCUGAUGCCUGGAACAAUCUUAUCUUGUUGUUUGAAAAGAACAGGUCAUCUCCUCUGGAAUAUGUUUCCAGCAAAGUCUCUUUAGAUUUCUUGAAACCUUUUCAAAAAAUUGGUGAAGAGACCAAAGCACAAGGGAAAGAUGAUAGCUCAAACCGCAACAAGUUUGAAGGCGAAAGUAAUCAUUUUACAAAGUUAUGGUCUCUUAUGGUCAGAACUAUAAGUUUCCUUUUCAUAUCGUCGAGCAGUUUAGAGGAAUUCUCUAAUGCGUUGGCAUCUACAAUUGAAGAGUUCGAUAAAAGGAUGGAGCUAGAUGAUAUAGAACUAAAGACGAUGUUGGAAUCCUAUAGUCAAAUGGACUUAGCCAGAAGAGGUCCUUUCCGAGGCAUACAAGUAGUUUCUAUUCUCAUAUUUUCCCUCACAAAUUUAAUUGAAAAACUUGGAAAAAAUAAAUCAGAAGACAAAAAUGAUAGGCAGUUGAUGCAGCUGGCAUUAAUUGCUUCAUUCAGUCUCAUGGGCCGUUUCACUGAAAGAUGCCUAAAGGCUAGCUCUUUGUAUCAUUGCCCCUUGUUACCCUCGGUGCUUGUUUUUGUGGAGUGGUGUUCAAGCAUACAUGGAGUAUGUGCAAGUGCAACCGAUCAAAAUAGCAUAAGAGCUAUUUCUUAUUUUUUUGAUGUGUUUGUUGAACUUCUAAAUCAACUAAAUAAUGACAGAAAGGGAACCGCGAAGCAUAUUGAUAUAACUCCUCUAUGGGAGGAUUAUGAGUUGAGGGGCUUUGUGCCUAUAGCUUGUUCACAUCUCUCAUUGGAUUUCUGUGGUAAUCGGGAACACAUAGACAAUUUUGAAAGUGGAACUGAAUUGCGUGCUGAGCGCAUCAGAGAAGCAGCAAUGAAGAUAUCAAGCAGAUCAAAUGAUUGGCAGGAGUGGAUUACAUGCGAUAUAUUAGGAAAUAAAUUUUACGUAGCUAGAACAGAUAAAGAUCCUGACAAGAAAGAAACAGAAAAUGUGGAGUCCAACUGCAAUAGUACAAAAUUGGAAGAGCCUAAUCAGCAAACCAACAAAGACACAGGAGAACAUAUUAAAUGGAUGAAAGAGGAAAGUCCAAGCAGCUCCAGCACCAAUGGAAAAUCUUCUGUAGUGGAAGAAGAAGAAGUUAUUUUAUUCAGGCCUCUCACAAGGUACAAUUCAGCCCCAUCACAUCCCUCUAUCUCAAUUAAUGAGCAGAUGUCACCAAAAGACAAGGACAACCAAAGCUUAUCAUCCGAUGAUUGUUUGCGCCGUGCUAGUUCUCUUCUUAUGGCACAAAACCCAUCUCAAACUCUAAGUGACCCAUGGGAAUUCCAUGGCAGCAUUAUGGAUUUCAGGAGUGACAAAUCAUUCAAACAGCAAGAGCCUUCAUCAAAGGAAUCCAAUGAACACACUGUAUCAGAAGCCCCAAUCUCUGCUGGCCCUCCUUCUCUCAAUGCUUGGGUCCUUAAUAGAGGAGGCUUGAGCAACAACAGGAAUAAUGGGACAAAUGGCCUUACUGAGCACAGGUUGCAGCCCAUUGAGGAAAUAGCUUCUUCAUCUCUGGCAAGUCUUUCCAUCAAUAAAACUGAGAAUUCAGUCACAAGUUCAGUGGAUGAGUCUUUAAACUUCCAUUCCUCUUCUGCUACAUAUUCCCUUCCAGUACCUUCUGCUCCAUUACUUCCUGAUAAUGCUGCAUGGUUUACUGAUGCACAACCUAGUUUAUCUUCUCCAUUAUUUCAAGACAACACAGUACCAAAAAGUGGUUAUGCAGAUUGGAGUGCUACUUACAGACCACAAGGAUAUGAUCCUAGAUUUCCUGUUCUUUCUAGUGGAUACCCACCACCUGGCAGAAUGACUUCUUCCGAAUGGCUGCGUUGGUACAGAGAGAAUUAUAAACCACAAAGGGUCAACAAUUACAUGCAACCUACUCAUUUGAAUAUGCCUGGUCCUGGAAAUCAUGUGAACUUCCUCUAUCAUGAUGCUUACAGGUUUGGUCAAUUUGAUAGAUGGCGCAACCCUUUGUCAUCUAACCAAUAUACAUAUAUGGACCCUCCAGGUCCCCCACCAUUGCAGCCAGGUUUUUUGUCUGGUGCAGGUGAGCGCAAAGCCAGUGGCUACAACAAUUUUCAAAGACCAAGCCCUUAUGGGUGUGGUGCAGUGACAGACCUGAGAAGUGAGCCACAGUCUCUGCUAGAGUCUCUGAAGGAGAAGGAAUGGAGACUCCAGCCAGAUCCUAAUGUUAGAGGGCCUACAUUCAUGGGAAAUUAAAACUUCUAUCUGAAACUUUUGUUUCAUGGACCAUUUCAGAGUUGUACACAUUUUUCUGCACUUGGGUUCCAUACAAAAUAUCAAAUAGUAUAGAUGUCUGCACAUAUCAUGCAUAGAGAUGUGAAUCAUUAGGGUCAAUCUAAUGAUAAGAAGUUGGAUUAAUAUGUACAAGAUCCUUUAUUCAAAUCCUGUUGAUAUCAUUAUAAUUCUUAUGGAUAAAAAAAAAAUAUAUGCAUAUAGAUGUUUUAGUCAUUCCGGAAUUAAUGAGGAAUUCUGAAGAAUGUGGAUGAAGUAUCCUCCAUCCUCAAGUAUUAGAAAUCAAUUUAGUCCUUGAAUGUUGAUAAAAGACAAAAUUGAUGAAUAUUCAGUACUUGUUAAAUUACUGAUAUAGUUUUACUAAUUUAGGGACUACUUAUAAAAAGGAGUGAUAUUUCGGAGACCAAAUUGACAAUUUAUUCAAGAUGAAAUCCUCAUUCUUAGGACUUAGAGGUGGGACACCCGAUUUCUAAAAUAAGUUUUCUAGCCAUGCUUGCUGAUAUAUAUGAGAUUAUCCAUGGUGAGAAGUAAUUGUAAAGACAUAUUUGUUGCCAGAUUUUAUGGUUGAGUAUGUUAUAUCCAGAAAAAUUACUGCUUAGGAAAGCCAAGUAAAAGUUGGUUACUAUUAGAAUUUUAACCAUUGUGGUUCGGCUUCCGACGUUUUGUUUUAUUUAUUUAUUUUUAACAAGAGAGGUUUGCAUAAAAUAAAAGGGAGCUCAAUCUUUGGCAACUGCAAAAAGAAAUUGAAAAUGAAAAGUCUAAAAGCUGGAAAUGUAAGAAGGAAAGCAGAAAUUUGGAGCGUCUAGGUUUGUUUGGAAAUACUAUCAUAGGUCAAACCAUUUAUCCUCCGAUAUUUUAGCUCCUGCCUCCUGGUGUGAUUGCGCAUACCAUCUCUUUUUGUGAGUUUAUACUUUAACCUGUUCUGCAUCUUUUUAGGCUGUUGUGACCCUUUUU